ACGAUUCCUCCCCCUCCCCCGCCAUCGCCCUCAGCCUUCCCACCCCCCGCCCUUCCACCAUGGCCGCCUCUGUGUGGUGUAGGGAGAAGCUGGUCCUCCUUGUCCUCCUAUAGCGCUUACUGCCUCACCCUCACCCCCUGGGGCCGGGAUCCAAAGGAACUUCGCUCCUCAGCCCUGGGGCACCAGCCAGGAAGGCUUCCACCUCCCACUUCAGGGGCAGGGCUCCUCUUUCCCCCAGCUCCUGAGCCUGAAACUUAGGGUUUUCCCUGCUUCUCUUGGGGUCAGAAGCAGAAAGGGCUCCCCUUCCACUUCCUCAGGGGCGGAAGCCUCUUCUGCCUGUCCCAUAGGGGCACAGACCCUCACCCCCAGCAGACUUAGGAGCUAACGGCUUUCUCUCAGCACUGCCACUCCAGAGGCAGGACCCACAGGGCCCUCCGCCUUCGCUUCCUGCACGGGAGCGGCCUCUCUAGAGGGUGGAGGAGAGGACUGGAACCCUUCCCCCCUUCCCUGCCUUCCCCUCUUACCCCGCUUGCCCCCAUCCGUGGCAGCCCGGAGCUCCCCAUUUCUAAGACUUCCCACCCAUCCACUCCCUGGCCUUUUCCCGUCUCCUGGCUGCAGCUAUGGAGUUACAGAAGGGAAAGGGGGCAGCAGCAGCAGCUGCUUCGGGAGCAGCGGGAGGUGGAGGAGGAGCGGGAGCAGGAGCCCCAGGAGGGGGGAGGCUGCUACUUUCAACCAGUUUGGAUGCCAAGGAUGAGUUAGAGGAGAGGUUGGAAAGAUGCAUGAGCAUUGUGACAGCCAUGACUUCUGGGGUCUCUGAGAGAGAGGCCAAUGAUGCCCUCAAUGCCUACGUAUGCAAAGGUCCCCCUCAGCAUGAGGAAAUUUGCCUUGGUCUCUUCACCCUUGUCCUCACUGACCCUGCCCAAGCCCAGAAGUGUUACCGGGACUUGGCUCUGGUGAGUCGUGACGGCAUGAAUAUUGUCCUGAAUAAAAUCAACCAGAUACUUAUGGAGAAGUACCUGAAGUUGCAGGAUACCUGUCGUACUCAGCUGGUGUGGUUGGUACGGGAGCUAGUGAAGAGUGGGGUUCUAGGAGCCGAUGGUGUUUGCAUGACAUUCAUGAAGCAGAUUGCUGGUGGGGAUGUUACAGCAAAAAAUAUCUGGUUGGCAGAGAGUGUUCUGGAUAUCCUGACAGAGCAGAGGGAGUGGGUAUUGAAGAGCAGCAUCCUCAUUGCCAUGGCUGUUUACACAUACCUCCGCCUCAUCGUCGACCAUCACGGGACUGCUCAGCUCCAGGCCCUGCGGCAGAAGGAAGUGGACUUCUGCAUCUCACUGCUUCGGGAACGGUUCAUGGAAUGUUUGAUGAUUGGCCGGGAUCUUGUAAGACUACUUCAGAAUGUUGCCAGGAUACCAGAAUUUGAACUACUUUGGAAAGAUAUUAUCCAUAACCCUCAGGCCCUGAGCCCUCAGUUCACAGGUAUCCUGCAACUUCUUCAGUCAAGAACGUCCCGAAAAUUUCUAGCAUGUCGGCUAACCCCAGACAUGGAGACUAAGCUCCUUUUCAUGACGUCCCGGGUACGGUUUGGCCAACAAAAGCGAUAUCAGGAUUGGUUCCAGCGCCAGUACCUGUCAACUCCAGACAGUCAGUCUCUGCGCUGUGACCUCAUUCGCUACAUCUGUGGGGUUGUCCACCCUUCUAAUGAGGUUCUGAGUUCAGAUAUCUUACCCCGAUGGGCCAUCAUUGGCUGGCUCCUGACAACGUGCACGUCUAAUGUUGCCGCCUCAAAUGCCAAGCUGGCUUUGUUUUAUGACUGGCUGUUCUUCAGCCCAGACAAGGAUAGCAUUAUGAACAUAGAACCAGCCAUCCUGGUUAUGCACCACUCCAUGAAGCCUCACCCAGCCAUCACUGCCACACUCCUGGACUUCAUGUGCCGUAUUAUUCCCAACUUCUAUCCACCAUUGGAGGGCCAUGUGCGACAGGGCGUCUUCUCUUCCCUCAAUCACAUUGUGGAGAAACGAGUCUUGGCGCAUCUGGCUCCACUGUUUGACAACCCUAAAUUGGAUAAGGAACUGCGGGCAAUGCUGAGGGAGAAGUUUCCUGAGUUCUGCAGUUCGCCAUCCCCACCUGUGGAAGUCAAAAUUGAGGAGCCAGUUUCCAUGGAGAUGGACAACCAUAUGUCAGAUAAGGAUGAGAGUUGCUAUGACAAUGCAGAGGCAGCCUUCAGUGACGAUGAGGAAGAUCUCAACAGCAAAGGAAAGAAGAGAGAGUUCCGCUUCCACCCUAUCAAGGAGACUGUGGUGGAAGAACCGGUUGACAUCACCCCUUACCUUGACCAGCUGGAUGAGUCCUUAAGGGACAAAGUACUCCAGCUGCAGAAGGGCAGCGAUACAGAGGCCCAGUGUGAGGUCAUGCAGGAAAUCGUGGACCAGGUCCUAGAGGAAGACUUUGACUCGGAGCAGCUGUCUGUCCUUGCUUCCUGCCUACAGGAGCUCUUUAAAGCCCACUUCCGAGGGGAGGUGCUGCCAGAGGAGAUCACCGAGGAGUCCCUGGAGGAGUCUGUGGGGAAGCCUCUCUACCUGAUAUUUAGGAAUCUCUGCCAGAUGCAGGAAGACAAUAGCAGCUUCUCUCUACUCCUGGACCUCCUCUCUGAGCUAUAUCAGAAGCAGCCCAAGAUUGGCUACCACCUCCUCUACUACCUAAGGGCCAGCAAAGCCGCCGCAGGGAAGAUGAACCUGUACGAGUCCUUUGCCCAGGCCACCCAGCUGGGCGAUCUGCACACCUGCCUGAUGAUGGACAUGAAGGCCUGUCAGGAGGACGACGUGCGGCUGCUGUGUCACCUCACACCCUCCAUCUACACAGAGUUUCCAGAUGAGACCUUGCGGAGCGGGGAACUGCUGAACAUGAUUGUGGCUGUUAUUGACUCUGCGCAGCUCCAGGAGCUGGUCUGCCAUGUGAUGAUGGGGAACCUGGUCAUGUUUCGAAAAGAUUCUGUCCUCAACAUCCUCAUCCAGAGCCUGGAUUGGGAAACCUUUGAACAGUACUGUGCCUGGCAGCUCUUCCUGGCCCACAACAUCCCCCUGGAGACCAUAAUCCCCAUCCUGCAGCACCUCAAAUACAAGGAGCACCCGGAGGCUCUGUCCUGCCUGCUGCUUCAGCUCCGAAGAGAGAAGCCCAGUGAGGAGAUGGUGAAGAUGGUGCUGAGCCGGCCCUGCCACCCCGAUGACCAGUUCACCACCAGCAUCCUGCGGCACUGGUGCAUGAAGCACGACGAGCUGCUGGCAGAGCACAUCAAGUCCCUGCUCAUCAAGAACAACAGCCUCCCUCGAAAGAGACAGAGCCUGAGGAGCUCUAGCAGCAAGCUGGCCCAGCUGACCCUGGAGCAGAUCCUGGAGCACUUGGACAACCUGCGUCUCAACCUGACCAACACCAAACAGAACUUUUUCAGCCAGACCCCAAUCCUCCAGGCUCUGCAGCACGUCCAGGCAAGCUGUGACGAAGCCCAUAAGAUGAAGUUCAGCGACCUCUUCUCCCUGGCCGAGGAAUAUGAGGACUCUUCCACGAAGCCACCCAAGAGCCGUCGAAAAGCAGCUCUGUCCAGCCCCCGGAGUCGAAAGAACGCCACUCAGCCCCCCAAUGCCGAGGAAGAGUCCGGCUCCAGCAGUGCCUCGGAGGAGGAAGACACAAAACCGAAGCCCACCAAGCGGAAACGGAAGGGAUCCUCUGCCGUGGGAUCUGACAGUGACUGAGGCCCCAUGUUCCCCACCCUAUUCCCAGUUGGACUGCCCCCCUCCUUGGUGAAUGAAAGGUUGAUGGGCUGGGAGAUAGAGGAAGCAUCCUCUCCCCUUCCCAAAGCCUGUGGGAAGGAUGAGCUGCCUUCUCCAGCCAGCCUGAAAAGCUGCCGUGCGGCCAGCCCUCCUCCCUGGCUCUGGGGACUCCAGCCGUCACACUGCUGCUCCUGCCGGCUCCGGCUUCCCGCUGGGGCCGAGGGCUCCAUGAGGGCUGCGUAGGGCCCAACCCGGGUGCCAGGACUGCUGGGAGCCCACCGGCCCCGCCACUCCCCCAGCCACCCAAAGAGCUCUUUCCACAGAGAAGGGCAGCUGGCCAGAGAUGAGGGUGAAAGUAAAGACAGUGUGCCACCCGCCCCACCCCCUCCAGGCCUUGAUUUACUCCAGACAUUUUACAGGCGCUCUCCACACACCACCACAAAGUGGGUAUUUCAUCUGUUGCGUGCGUGGUCCGGCUGCCGCAAGUGUUCAGGAAGGAAACUGCUGUGCCCUGGAGGCUUGUGUUGGCCUGAUGUUGGCACCUCAAGCUGGGCUAGAGCCCCGGGGAGUCCAGGUCACAUGUGCCACAGAACUGUCAAAUGUUUCCAUUUCCUUGGUUUUGUUGCGCUUUUUUUGGCAGAGAUAAUGGAAUUUUAAAAGUUGUUUUUAAAUGAGAAUAAAAGAAGCCACAACCUCUCUUAUGCCAGAGUUGCUGCCCCUACUUACCCUAUGCAUGCCCAGGUAGUCGCAAUUGAAUUGGCACCCCUCCUCGUGACUUGAACAACUUCCCUUUUCUGCCCCAUUUCUUGCCUAGUAUAGGAGAGGCUUGGCUGUGCCGUGCCCCUUCAUGCCACUGCUGGGGUGCAGGCAGGCGCUGACCUUUCCGAGCAGAAAUGAUGCCUGUGCCAUCUGCUAUAGGUUGGGGUCAGUCUUCACCCGUCUCUCCUCUGGAAGCUAGAGGCUUCCAAAAGCUAACAUUUGUCUAUGCCAAGUCUGCAUGCUUAGCAACUACGAGAGGGCCACCUGGCCAGAUUGUGGACAGAAAUGUGCCUGGUGGGGUGUUCAAACACCAGGAAAAGGAAAUUCUUCCUUCCACAGCCUGCCACCUGCCCAUCGGUGUCCCAGCAGGAGAGCUCCUUGGCUCUGCUUUUGUUCCCCGCUGUCCAGGGCAACUGGCGGCCUGCUGAGAGGAGACACUUGGGUUGACUGCAGACAGCUCCUAUUCAGCCUGCAAAUUUGUCUUUGAUCAACUCAAGGUCUUCCCCUCCAUCAAAGCUGCUGCCCCUCAUUUUCAAAGUCUAAACCACCAGAGGCUCUUCUUUUUCCUUCCUUUCUCCUUCCCCAGUUUCCUCUGCCCCAAUUAAAACCAGAAUGGAAAGCAUUUGCUGGCUGGCCAGUUAUUGUACCCUUGCCCAAAGGGAGGGGCAUCCGCCUUGGCCCCUCCAGAAAUGUGGCCUCCACCUUUCCCCUACUUAACGCGGGUCCC